AUGCAGGCUGAAGCGGGUCCCAGCCGCUCCUCGGGCCCAGCAUCGAAAGCUCAGCAAGAUACACCAUGUCGCUACUUCUACCGAUCGGGAAGAUGUAAAAGGGGCGACAAGUGUUUGUUCUCACACCAGCGCCAACGCAAAGGAGAGCCGUCAGACUCGGCACCGUCCUCGUCGCUAAAGCAGUCAAGAACCACUCCUCUUUCUGCGCAAGCCCCCGAUUUUACGCCACGCUCGGCUCCUCAGAGCCAACUGUCAGCCGGCGCAGAACCCUUUGAACCAAGCUCACAAGGCAGCCGCGAUGAAGAUGCAUGGCAGGAUGUGGACCCUGCCCCAGCUUCGCCAAUCAAGCCCCGGGCAGUUCCGAUGAAAGGUGUGCCCGCAAGCGUGUCCGAAAACACUGAACCAUGCGGCAUCUGCAUGGAGAUCCCCGAGGUCUAUGCUCACCAUCCAAAUUGCGACCAUUCUUUCUGUCCAUCGUGUCUUCGCGAAUGGCGUCGACAACACGCCCAGGCAAAGAACAAGAACUGUCCAACCUGCCGUACCUCGUCCAAGUUCACUUUUGUAACACCGCAGCCCUUCACAUCCGGCGCCCGCAUCCUCGCACUUCAGCGCUUCAAAGAGCGAGCAGCCACUACACCGUGCAAGAUUUUCACGAAGAGCCUCGCUCUCAGCAACAAGCGCACCAAACCAUUCUGCGUCUUCGGCGACGACUGUCUAUACCAACAUCACAUCAACGGUCAGCCAUACAAAUUUGGCGUAGGUCGCUACAGAAUCGCGCAUUACAGGAAGGGCACAAAACGUCUUGUUAGACCAAGUGCCAGAACGGAGAGGACAAUCGGUGCAGAGUUCUUCGAUCGCAUUCGAGAUAUGGACGAGAGAGUUCGUAUGUUUCUGGCCACUAGAGUGCUCGUUAAUGCCCGUGUCGCGCAGUCAACAGGUGAAACUCAUCUAGAAUAG